AUGCUUAGUAUCAAGUCAGACCUAGGGGGGGAAAGCCAGAUGGUAAAGCGGGAGAGUGUGUCAACUGUUAGGCUCGCUGAACUUUUCGUGAUAUGGAGGAGCGUUCUCUUGCAUAUACCUAGCUCCAAGUGUCACCAGUGCGCUCUCCUUUUGUCCAACAAGGAACAUGUUGCGGCCAUGGGGAGUGCUAGGCGUCUAGCUUCAAUGAUGUGGAAGGAAGUGAAAGAAAGUGAUAUCUGGGCGUGGGGUUUGAAGGGCCCUUUAACCCUGAGGGCCAGAACCUCUCUCUACCUACUCCUCACACCAGCUUGUUCUGGCCAACUACAUCCGGCACAACACUGCGGGAAUAUGGAUGAAAAGAAAGAUGGGGUCAGCGAGGAACACCACAUGAAUGUCAAAUCCGAAAAGCUUGACCAUGAUAGCUCUACCGAUUCAAUGACAACAAAGGAGAGAUCGCCUUACGUGGAUUCACUCAAGGGACAGAUAAUUCAGCUUCACAAAACUGCAUCGAGCCGAGCAACACAGUGA